UCUAUUCUUCAAGAAUCAAAAAUGAAGCCUCCAUCCACAUUUCUUCUCCUUCAAGAUUCAACCCAACAAUAAUAAUAAUCGAGGGUUUAAAUCAUUUCACGAUUUUAGAAGAUACAAAAAUGGCAAAGACUUCUGGUUCAGGGAUUUUUAACUUUCCUCCUUUCUCUUCUUCUCCGUCACCGGCACCGGCACCGUCACCUUCGCCGUCGCCGUCUGUUGGUGGGUCGGUUGAUCCUCAAUCGUCUUCACCGCCAAAUGACGCACCCGCCACUCCGCGGGUUCGUAAUGAUAACCCGAGAACAACUUCUGCUGGAUUUGAUCCGGAGGCAUUGGAAAGAGGUGCCAAGGCUCUUAAAGAAAUUGCUGCCUCACCUCAAGCUAAAAAGGCUUUUGAGUUGAUGAAGAAGCAGGAAGAGACUAGGCAGACGGAAUUAGCUUCGAAGAUGGCUGAGUUUAAAGCAAUGCAAGCUCAAGCGGAAACUGAAAGGCAACGAGUAAUAUAUGAUGAACAGAAAAAGCUGGCUCAGCAACAAGCACAAAUAAAAUCACAGAUGGCUCGUUAUGAGGAUGAACUGGCAAGAAAGAGAAUGCAGGCAGAAAAUGAACAUCACAGGGCAAGAAAUCAAGAACUUGUAAAAAUGCAAGAAGAAUCAUCUAUAAGGCAAGAACAAGCGAGGCGAGCAACAGAAGAGCAAAUCCAAGCACAACGUAGACAAACAGAAAGGGAGAAAGCUGAGAUAGAGAGAGAAACAAUCAGGGUGAGGGCUAUGGCUGAAGCAGAAGCACGAGCCCAUGAAGCCAAAUUGGCGGAAGAUGUGAAUAAGCGGAUGCUGGUAGAACGUGCAAAUGCAGAGAGAGAGAAAUGGGUUUCUGCAAUUAACACUACUUUUGAACACAUUGGAGGGGGAUUGCGUGCAAUAUUAACUGAUCAAAAUAAGUUGGUCGUGGCUGUUGGGGGUGUCACGGCUCUUGCUGCAGGGAUCUACACAACAAGAGAAGGUGCUAGGGUGGUCUGGAGCUACGUGGACAGAAUUUUGGGACAACCAUCGCUGAUCAGGGAAUCCUCUAGAGGAAAAUAUCCUUGGUCGGGCUUUUUUUCUCGUGGAUUAAGCACUUUAUCACGUGGUGGUCAGAAGGGUUCAGCCUCUCAAAAUGGUAAUGCAUUUGGGGAAGUCAUCCUCAAUCCAUCUUUGCAAAAGAGAAUUCAGCAGUUGGCUGGUGCAACUGCCAAUACCAAAUCUCAUCAGGCACCAUUCCGGAAUAUGCUCUUCUAUGGCCCUCCAGGAACAGGGAAGACAAUGGCAGCCAGAGAGUUGGCACGAAAAUCUGGACUUGAUUAUGCAUUGAUGACUGGUGGAGAUGUUGCGCCCCUCGGUUCCCAGGCUGUUACAAAGAUACAUCAGCUGUUUGAUUGGGCCAAGAAAUCCAAUAGGGGUUUGUUGCUUUUUAUUGAUGAAGCAGAUGCAUUUUUAUGCGAGCGGAACAAAACUUACAUGAGUGAAGCUCAGAGAAGCGCCCUUAACGCCCUCCUUUUUCGCACUGGUGAUCAAUCAAAGGACAUAGUCUUGGCUCUUGCAACAAACCGUCCUGGUGAUCUUGAUUCAGCCGUGUCGGACCGUAUUGAUGAAGUUCUUGAAUUCCCUUUACCCGGAGAAGAAGAAAGAUUCAAGCUUUUGAAACUAUAUCUAGACAAGUACAUUGCUAAAGCCGGUGCCAGAAAACCAGGGUUUUUUUCAAGAUUUUUCCAGAAACAACAGCAGCAGAUAGAAAUCAAGGGCUUAAAUGACGAUAUAAUUAGGGAAGCAGCUGCAAAAACAGAUGGGUUUUCAGGAAGAGAGGUUGCGAAACUGAUGGCUAGUGUUCAAGCCGCUGUUUACGGGAGUGAAAAUUGCGUUCUUGAUCCCAUUCUGUUUCGUGAAGUGGUCGAUUACAAAGUUGCAGAACAUCAACAGAGAAGAAAGCUAGCGGCUACAGAUGGUGGUGGUAAGUAGUUAGUUAUUUCUUGUUGUUUGGGUGGCAUUUUGGGGCAAGCAGGUGAGUUAUCUGUUUGUGUGUCAUUUGGUGGUCGACCCAUUCGUUCGAUUUGGGGAUGAAGCGUUAUUCAUGCAUAUUCAUUCCUGUUAAGAUUUCUUGGUACAUCUGAUAAAAGGGUUUUUCCUUGAUAUACAAACAAGAAGUAUUAUUAACUGGCUACUGAUGUCUGUAUUAGCUUUAAGAAUUGAUUUUGUGUUGAAGAAAAUGAGUAUGCAGGCAAGAGCUUCAUA